AUGUUCGACGUUUCGUGGACUGAUCCAACACGGGAGACCGUGGGCCAGAGAAAACAUCGCAAGGACCAAACAUCCACUAGGGGAUCGUCGCCAUCAAUACGGAGCUCAAAUUCCAGCGAUUCAUCUAAGUCAGUUAAGCACUCUAUCUUUGGAUUUUUCGGUAGCAACAAGAAGAUAUCAGCCCCAGUAGCUGUGACUUCUCCAAAGUCACCAGAAUUUAGGACCGAACAGUCUUCGAAAGUUUCUCGUCGGAUGUCAAGCUAUACCAGCACUUCGGAGACAUCAACACAAGAGGUACGUGAAACGACUACGACAACCAUUACACGUAUUCCAGUAAAUGGAUUUUUUCCAACAGUUCCAACGUACCAAGAGUCCGAGAGAAGUCCUUCGGACGUAUCCAUUUUCUCUGGCUAUACUGGAAGAUCAGCCGGGACCCAGUCAUCAUGGAGCUCCAUGGCAGAUGGGCAAAACAAAAACCGUUUCAUUCAGCCUCUGAGCCCAAAUUCUUUUGUCACUCAAAGUACUGAGAUCACUGUUGCCCCAAGUGAGGAUUUCAGUGCAUCGGAACAGCUCGCUACUGUCGUUCAUAUAACUUCAGGAACAGUUCCUAUCCAGAUUCAAGAUUCCGCCAUAAGAGAAUCUAAUUUGUCAUCAACUUCCUCAACAUAUGACUUCCCACUUCCACCUACACACAAUCCCGAAACCCCGAAGAUACCCAGCUCUCCCAAGACAUUAAGCUCUAGAAGUGACAUCGGUGCUAGAACCACCGAGUGGUCAAUGACGGCGAGGAAUAGGCGCUCGGAUUCAUGGAGACCUCCCGAGACAUGGGCAUGUCCUGCCGAAGAAACAGCCUCAUCAGUCGCCUCAUUGAAGUCUUCGGGGUCACGACGCAGGAGAAAACUUCGUGGUCGUAAUCGCUCACCUUCUAACUCGGAGCAGACACAUUUGCAAAUGAAUAUUCGUAAGAUGGAAGCAGCAAGCAAUAAGAUUAUUCUUGAACGGUUGAAGGAGGAAUGGAUGCAAGUGGCCGACGCGUCAGUAUAUCGAGAGCUCGAGCUGGAAAAGCAACUUUGGAUGCUCACUGCCUUGCGAGCUAUUAAUCGCGUGGCCAGAACUCGUGAUGCUUCGCGGACACUCAGUGGAGCACCACAAUCGGGAAAAAUGCUUUCACUGUAUGAGAAUCAUGCUUCUGCAUCGUUCCUAUCAGCCUUGAAUCCGGAAAAUCAAAUACACCACAUAUCCACGAGUCCAUUAUCUCCGAGAUCGUAUCCAAAUGUUCAUCCUCUUGCUGUCCCAGGACCUACUUCACAGCUAUCGUAUGCCUCCAAUAUUUUUGUUGCAAUUCACUCUUUGGGUCUUCCAUCUCUACUACCUUCCUCUUCUAUCCCAACUAUCCUCAAAGAAUGUCACCGUACUCUCAUCUCUUCCCGUAAUCCCACAUCAGCAGAAGUCCCGGCAUCCCCCACCUCCACAACCGCAUUUAGUACCACUCAGCCCGGAAUUUUGUAUUUGACCAUCCUCGAUCCCUCUCCAGUGCCCUCGUCACUCGGUCCACGACUGCGGGUUUGGCUUGAUGCCCAUCUCACCGUCAACCUCGAGAAGCAAUUCCGCUGUCUGAACCCUACCCGUCUAUUUCCCUUGUGGUUGGCAGAUGCCGGACUUUGGGCCGAGGGAAGCUGCACAUCUUCUCUGAAAUUCCUGGCGUGUGUGGGGAUCGUAAAUGGAGAGGAACAGGUGGAGUGGCAGUUGAAGAGUGUGAUGGGUAGAAUGCUGUGGAAGGAAAUGUGGGGGGGCUAUGUUGAGGGCGAGAAGUGGUGGUGGGAUGAUGCUGCGAUUGUGGAAGAGUGCGAAAGGAUGGGGACGUGUUGGGCUGGAAGUAUCAUUGAAGCUGUAAAGGAAGGGUAG